AUGUAUCGUGGCCAACGCAACCACCUAUCGCCUACCCAACGCAAGGAGGUUGCCAACCAUUGCCGUCACAUUCUCGCCAUGGCUGCAUUGGUGGUUGCAGANAAAGGCACUGAACAACAUCACAUCAUUCUCUCUGUCUUCUUGGCCGGCGUCAACAGUGCCAAUGACCACGAUAAGAAUCGUGCCAUUGGCAUCAUCCGCGCCAUGGAAGGUACCGGCAUCAGCUGUAACGUCACCAAAUCCCGCGAGCUGCUCGAAGCAGUGUGCGCGGAACAGAGAGAAAGAGUCCAGUUCGCCGGCAGCGCUAUUGACGUUGACUGGGUGUCUUUUGCCAAAGAACGUGGUAUUAGACUUGUAAACAUGGGGCUCUAA